CUCCAGCUCACUUUAGCCGAAUAACACCAUGAAACUCUAACGUGCUCCGCUGCGGGAAAAUUAGGGUUUAAGGGGUAGUGGGCGAGUGGCAGCUCCCGGAAGUUAGCAGUUUUCCUCAGAAGAAAGGGAGAGCGUGGGACGAACUUUUGUUCUCUCCAUGUAUAUAAUAGGCAGUUCUUGAGAGUUUUCAUCAACUUGUUGGUUACAAAAUCAUUGAAACAGCAAAAAUCGAUAACUGCAAGUAGCUCUCCGUUUGCUUCAUCCCGUCGAUAAAGUCCUUGUCUUUAAAGGCUUCGAUUCACGGGAAGGUUGAGGAAGGAGUGGCAGUAGGGAAGGACAGGAAGAACGGUUUGAUUGAGAAGGGAGAAGGAAGGAGGGAGGCAAUGGCAGCGGAUCUCGAUGAAUUUACCAUCGUCAAGGAAGGAGAGGCUGAGAUUCUUAUGCAUGCUAAAAAUGAAGUCUUCUAUAACAAGACCCAGGUUAACAAUAGGGACAUAUCGAUUGCUGUGCUGAGGACAUUUAUAUCCAAACGCAAGGAAGAGCAUGAAGCCAAGCUGUCCAAAAGAACCAAGUCAGCACCUAAGGUUUCUGAAAAUGGUGCGGCUGAGUCCUCUGUAGAUGAAGAGAAAUGCAAUGGAAACUCUGAAGUCCCUAAAGAGAGCUCUGAAGUCUCUGAAAAGACUUCUGAAGCUGAACCUUGCAGCAGCUCUGUAGAAAUGGUGAAGACCACUGAGGGAAAAGUUCGAGUAGAGCUGAAACCACCCAGGGUUCUUGAGGCUCUGUCAGCAUCCGGGUUAAGAGCUCUGAGAUAUGCUCGUGAAAUUGAAGGGAUUGGUCAAAUUGUAGCUCUGGACAAUGAUAAAGCGUCAGUGGAAGCCUGUAGGAGAAAUAUAAAGUUCAAUGGUCCUGUCGCAAUUUCCAAGGUGGAAUCUAAUCUUGCGGAUGCUCGUGUAUAUAUGCUGACUCACCCAAAGGAGUUUGAUGUGGUUGAUCUUGAUCCUUAUGGGUCACCUUCAGUGUUUUUGGACUCUGCUGUUCAGUCAGUUGCUGAUGGUGGCAUUCUGAUGUGCACAGCAACUGAUAUGGCAGUGCUUUGUGGAGGUAAUGGCGAGGUUUGCUAUUCCAAGUAUGGUUCCUACCCAUUGAGGGGGAAAUAUUGCCAUGAAAUGGCUUUGAGGAUCUUGCUUGCUUCAAUUGAGAGCCAUGCAAAUCGAUACAAGCGGUACAUUGUUCCUGUUCUCUCAGUACAGAUGGACUUUUAUGUUAGGGUUUUUGUCCGUGUCUAUACUUCAGCCAGUGCUAUGAAGAAUACUCCUCUCAAGCUAUCUUAUGUUUACCAAUGCAUUGGAUGUGACUCUUUCCAUCUUCAACCUAUUGGAAGGACCCUUGCCAAGAAUAAAAGUGUGAAGUAUAUGCCCGGUUUUGGCCCUGCUGUUCCUCAAGAAUGUACCGACUGUGGGAAGAAAUUCAACAUGGGUGGACCUAUUUGGUCUGCUCCUAUUCAUGAUCCAGAAUGGGUAGCCUCUAUGCUUGAAGAUGUGAAAUCUAUUAAGGCCCGGUACCCUGCAUAUGAACGCAUAUCUGCUGUACUGACAACAAUCUCAGAGGAACUUCCAGAUGUCCCUCUCUUUUUGAGCUUGCACAAUCUGUGUGGAACCCUGAAGUGCACUUCCCCAUCUGCAGUCAUCUUCCGCUCUGCUGUUAUUAACGCAGGGUAUCGUAUCUCAGGAACUCAUGUCAACCCUCUGGGUUUAAAAUCCGAUGCACCAAUGGAUGUCAUUUGGGAUAUAAUGAGGUGCUGGGUUAAAAACCACCCUGUCAAAGCUCUGGCCCCUGAUCAGGCUGGAAGCGUGAUUCUUGCCAAGGAACCAGUUCUGCAAGCUAACUUUGCUCGAGCUGUUGCAUCUCUGAGCAAGGCGCAGGCCAAGAAAGUUGCUCGCUUUCUCCCGAAUCCAGAGAGGCACUGGGGCCCCAAAGUCAAGGCGGGCCGUACUAUUACCAGCAAGCACAUUUCCCUUCUGGGACCAGACGCAGUGAAUGGAUACCUCAGCCAUGAGAAUGGCGGUGAUGAAGAAGGGCCAGACGCAAAGCGUCUGAAAACUGAGAACACAGAGGAGGAAGUGAACGAUACUACCCCAGAGGUGUCAUAGUAGUCAACGAGCUGGUUGGUUGGCAGGCUCCCUCUGCCGGUAUUUAACUCUUGUUUGUGGAAAUUCGUUCCCUGCUUUUGAAAGAAAAGGAUGCCAAUUUUGAUUUACUUGGAUUGGGUUGUUCUUCGUGUAGUAUUUUGCACUUUCUGUUACUUUUGUCCUACCAUUCCUUUUCUUUUCUUUUGGUGAAUAAACUAUCUAUUUAUGUAGCAAGUUUCCUGGCUUAUCUUCAAUAAUUUGAGGAAAUGAGACAAAGAUAGGAUGUGCAAUGUAGCAUAUGAAAACGAUGGGUGCUGGAACAAUUGAAGGCGAUUCUUUCAAGAGUUCCACCGUCUGCGAUUUUUAUUAUAUUUGUUGAAAUUGAUC